AUGUCGACGCUCCGCAUGCCCACCUCUUCCGCCAACGCGGGCACCUUCAAUGCGGCCAAAGGCGCCCUCACCGGCGCAGGCGUUGGCGCCGCCGCCGGCUCCACUAACAGGACCACCCCCAAGACGUACCCCUUUUGGCUCGGUGGCGCGGCCGGUUGUUGCGCAGCCUCCAUCACCCACCCCCUCGACCUCACCAAGUACCGUCUCCAAACGGCCACGGUCAAACAAGGCAUGUUCCGCACCAUCCUCCUCUCGGUCCGUUCGGAAGGCAUCACGUCUCUCUGGCACGGUCUCACCGCCACGCUCCUCCGUCAAUUCACGUACUCAGUGACGCGCUUUGCGGUGUACGAAGAUAUGAAGUCGCGCGUCACCGCUCGAUCGGGAGCGGCGCCUACGACGGGUGAACUGGCUCUGUGUUCCGGUACCGCCGGUGCGGUGGCUGGUGUGGUAGGCAAUCCAGCGGAGAUCGUCCUCGUUCGCAUGUGUUCCGACCUCAACCUCCCCAAAGACGCCCGCUACGGGUAUAAGAACUGCAUCGAUGGCCUUGUCCGCAUCGUCCGUGACGACGGCGCUGCCACCCUCUUCCGCGGCCUCUCACCCAACGUCUUCCGCUCUGUUGUCAUGAACAUCUCCCAACUCGGUUCAUACGAUCUGUUCAAGGGGAUUCUGCAAAAGCUCGACGUGGUGCCCGACGGACCGGUGCUGCAAACCGCCGCCUCCUUCUGCGCAGGCACGCUGAGUACGACGCUCUGCACCCCAAUCGAUGUCGUCAAGAGCCGAGUGCAGAACCUCAAGAAGGGCGCGGGCAACGCGAGCGUUGCAGGAGUGAUUCGGGAUGCCAUUGCUAAGGAUGGACCAACGGUGUUCUUCCGAGGUUGGACACCGGCGUGGUUGCGACUGCAGCCUCAGACCACGCUGCUGUUUUUGUUCUUUGAGCAGUUCAAGAGUCUGGUGGAUAGGAGCAGGGAGGGGAAAGUGGGUGAUGUGGUGAGGAACUGA